UUCCACCAUGUCCAGCCAACCGAAGAUGGCGUCCGAGAUCGGAGCCGCCGAACAGUACGAGAUGGAUCAGCUGGCCGAGGCGGAGAUAUCGCGCCUGCAGAAGCUUCUUCGGACGCUGCUAAACGAGCGUGCCUCGUUCCUGGACACGAAAUCGAAAGCGUUGCGCAAGUUCGACGCCAACAUACGCGUGCUCGAGAAGGAGAAGCAGCAGCUCCAGUUGCAGCUUAACUGCGAGGAGAACGGAACACACUCCAAGCGCGAACAGGAGCUCGAAGCAGUGCUGGAGCUCGCAUACGAUCGGCAGGAAAAAGCGCAACAAGCGCUGAAAGCGAAAAAGGACAGUCUGUGGGAGCUGGAGGGUCACAUCAAGAAAAUUCACCGUGAGAUUGCCGAAAUACGGAACAACGAGGUGACGGACAAUCUGUACAAUGAAACGAUUGCCAAAGCGCAACAGUCCGUCAAGAAGCUGGAGAACCGGCUGGAUGUCGUCAACAAGCGUGCCGGUGCGGUAAUGGCAGAGAACGCGCAACUUCGCCAAACCAUCGAUCACAUGCUGACGGAACGGGCCACCUUUAACAUCAUGUGGGAAAAGUUGGUCAACAAGCUGAACGAAGGCAAACGCUACAUGAUCGAUCUGAUCGAGCAGGCAACCUCGGCGUACGAUACGCGCGAGGAACUCUGCACCAAGUUGCAGAUCCUGAAGGAUAAGGGGCAAAGCGACAAGUUGGCCCACAUCCAGGAGAUGCGUGAGCUGCAACGAAAGCUCGAUCACGACGCAAAGUUGCAGGAGUUCCUUGGAAUAAAGGGACAACGCCGAGCGAACGCAGAGCUUGAAGAGCGUGAAGCACAGAAGCGCAAGAAAAUGUUGGAAAAUCUGGAAAAGCAGUACCAAGAGUACGAACAGAUUAUGACACGCAUUAUGAACUUCUCGGGCGAGGACGACAUCGAUCGACUGGUGGCCAAGUUUAUCAAGAAGGAGGAGGAAAACUUUGCGCUCUUCAACUACGUCAACGAGCUGAGCCACGAGGUGGAAACGCUCACCGAAAGUGUUCAACUGUUGCAGGACAACAUUGCGGAACAGAUAGCAAUCAACGAGUCGAAGGAACAUUCGCAAGAUGAUAAUAUCGAUGCACUGCGCUUGGCCGAACAGGAGUGUCGUGAGGCGGCCGAAACGGCGGCAGAAGUCAAGAUAAAGCUGGACGUUAAGCUAGACGAGCUGCUGAGAAUGGCCGAAAGGAUCUACAAGUUGCUCAUGUGCGACGAAGCACCUAUCUUGAAUCUGCUCAACAACGAACGCCGGGUGACGUUGAACAAUGCCAAACUGUUCCUCGGCAUCAUCGAGCGUCGUGUGCUGAGCAUUAUCAGCAACGUGACGUACAUCGAACCAACGACCAAAAUCCUUGGCAAGAAGGAUCGCGUGCCGAACUUUAACGUGAAGGAAUCAGCCAAGGUGCGCAUCGAACGGAACUAAGAUGGAGAGGCUGGUUUUA